AUGGAAAGUGUAAAAUUUACAGAUAAUUUUAUUAAGCUGGGUGAAGAAGGCCCUAGAAAUGCAACAACCACAAACUUUUAUGGGAGCUACUUUUUAUCAGAGAAGGAAAAUUAUUUUGAUAUAAAUGAAUUUGAAAAGAACUUGGAAAUGAAUAUACUAAAAAAUGAGCAUAAUUUAUUGAUAUUAGAAGUAAAAAAUUUAAAUGUUUCCAUUGCUAAUGCUUUAAGAAGAAUUAUGAUAUCAGAAGUACCAACUAUUGCUAUAGAAAAAGUAAAUAUUUUUCAGAAUACUGGAAUAAUAGCUGAUGAAAUAUUAUGUCAUCGUUUAGGUUUAAUUCCAUUUAAAUUUGAUGCAGACCUAAUAAAUUAUAAAGAAGAAUAUGAAAAAUAUAAUCACUUAAAUUGUUUUUGUUUUAAACUUCAUGUAAAAUAUAAAAAAAUUGGAAAUGAAAACAGCUUAAGUGUAUAUUCAAAAGAUUUAAAAUGGUUUCCAAUAAAUGAACAACAAAAAAUAAAGUUUGAAAAGAAUCAUCCAAAAGUGGUUGAUGAUAAUAUUUUAAUAACAAAAUUAAGUAGUGGACAAGAAAUUGAGCUAAUUUGCUUCCUUGAAAAAGGAAUAGGAAAAACUCAUGCAAAAUGGUCACCAGUUUGUACAUCUGUAUAUAAGAUGUAUCCCUCUUUCACUUUUAAUACAUCUGAAAAUUUAACAAAAGAGGAAAAAUACGAUUUAGUUAAUAUUUGUCCAAAAAAUGUUUUUGAUAUAGAAGAAAGUGGAAAUUUAGUUGUAAAAGACCCAUUAAAUUGCUCUUCUUGUAGAGUUUGUAUUGAAAAAUAUCCAAAAAAAGUUUCUUUUCAUAAAGUUAAAAAUCAUUUCAUUUUUACCAUUGAAUCUACUGGAUGUUUUUCUUCUGCUGAUAUUUUUAAGAAAGCUUUACUUAUUUUAAAGCAAAAGGUUCUUAACAUAAAGGAAGCAUUAGAAGAAGAAACAAAUACUUAA